UCAAAUCCAAUUCCUAUUGGAUUCAGGAAUCCCAAACCGCAGCGUGGGGAAUUUUUUGUGGCGAGAGAGUGACACGCAAAAACAGAGAGAGAGAGAGAGAGAGAGAAAUAAAAGAGAGGAAAAGGCGGAGAGGAUUGUGUUCAUAAAUUAUUCAGUGAGGUAAACCGAUAGCUCGUCCCUCCCUCAUAUUUUUUAUUCCUCAUAAACUUUAAACACUGAACGAAUCGGACGGACCCACAAGAAUAGAGAGAAAGAAAGAAAGAAAGAAAGAGAGAACGAGAGAAAGAAAGAGAAAAACAAACACACGCGAGUCGGACUUUAUAUAAAUCAAACUCAAACAGUGAAGGCAAAGUAAGCGACUGUGGAAGCAAGAAGAAGCGAGGAUUAUAAUUUUGGGAUUUUUUUCCCCCCCACACACACACCCUAGGAAAAAAAAAACAAAAAAACGCCCAACUGAAACGACAGGAUAGUGAAAAAGAAAAAGGGAGGGAUAAGGAGGAUAGAAACGGGCCUGGUAUUUGUGUGUGGAGAGCGUUGUUUUUUAGACCCAACUUCGCUUGGUGGAAAUACAAAUUAUCGAGACUAGAUACGAAGAGCGGAUUCAAAACUCGGGAGCUGAAACGCCAAACUAAAAGCUUCUGCGUUCCCUUCUUCCUCCCUUCCCUCCCUCCCUCCUCCUCCUCCUCCCUCGUUCUGAAGCUGGUGGUUUUUUACGGGCUGCUUCUUCCCAUGAGCCUUUGCAACUAGACGCUUCCUCCCUCCUCCCCCUAACUUCCUGCUCCGCCCCCCAGUCAGUCUGCCAGCCAAUCAGGGGCACAGCCCUCCUCCUCUCCUCCUCCUCCUCGCUCCCCCUCUCCUCCUCGCUCCCCUGUUCCUCGAUGGAGGACUCCGAUGUGGAGUGCACAGCCAGCCUGCUGGCCUCCGUGCGCGAGCAGGAGGUGCAGUUCGAGAGGCUGACCCGUGCGCUUGAGGAAGAGAGACGCGGCACUCAGAGAGGGACGCUCCCACGCGGCGCGCAGCAGAACGGGAGGUUACCUGGCGAUGCUGAGUUCGAGCGACAGAAAGUAUCUGAAGUCUAUCUGAACGGAACACAGCCGCAGCAGUACAGCACUCUGACCAGGAUGUUGGACCCGGGCCACUUUGUGGAGGAGACGGUCACGAUGGAGGAGGAUCCCGACCUGCCUGCCUCCGUGGUUUCCGUGGAAACGUCGGAAGACGGGACCACGCGCAGGACGGAGACCACGGUGAAGAAGGUUGUAAAGACGGUCACGACUCGCACUGUGAUCCCCUCAGUCUCUGUCUCGGACGCCCUCUCCCUCGACGGCUCAAUCCAGGGGGGCAACGGCUUCUCCGGGGGCUCCAUGCAGGGCGGGGGGGCCCCGGGGAACGGGGGGGGCUACAACGCCACGCUGGAGCGCAUGUACCGGGGAGGAGGAGGAGGAGGGACCCCCGCUCCUCCUGCGGGAAACAUGUACAUGGGACCCCCGGGCACCGCCACCGUACCCCGAAACUACCACUACGCAGACUCCGCUGGGGGGUACCCGCGGGGAGGAGGGGGCUACGGGGAGACCAACAACUACCGUCCAGGCCCCCCCUCGGAGGCUUACGCCAGCCUGUCGAGAAUGCAGCACAUGGAUGACAGAUACAGGCCCGCGGACGGGUACCGCACUCUCGAUGCGGGGUACCGGGCCCCCAGCAGGCAGGCCGACCCGUACGCAGCCCAGCCGCAGGUGCGCAUGGGGAGCAACCUGGAGCUGAGCCGAGGGGGGCACCCCGAAAGAUUCGUCCCCGAGUCCUACGGCCUGGAGGACGACCAGAGGAGCCUGGGAUACGAGGACCUGGACUACGGGCUGGCCCCGGGGGGCCUGGGGGGGGCCCGAGACUACCCCAGCAUGACCCUGAGGAGCGCGGGGGGCACGCUGGACCCCCGCCGGAGGCUCAGGAGCUAUGAGGACACCCUGGACAGUGACAUGGGGGGAGGGGACCCCUAUUACUGGGCGAGCAACGCCCCUCUGGCCCAGGCGGAGCGGGGGAGCAUGGCCAGUCUGGACGGCACGCUGCGGAAGGGGGGGGCGCCCCAAAACUGGAGGCAGCCGGAGCUCCCCGAGGUCAUCGCCAUGCUGAACUACCGACUGGACCCCGUGAAAUCCAACGCAGCCGCCUUUCUACAGCACCUCACCUUCCAGAACGACAAGAUGAAAUCUGACGUCCGUCGUUUGAAGGGGAUCCCCGCGCUGGUCGGCCUCCUGGAUCACCCCAAGAAAGACGUUCACUACAGCGCCUGCGGGGCCCUGAAGAACAUCUCCUUCGGACGGGAGGGAGAGAACAAGGUGGCGAUCAAGAACUGUGACGGGGUGCCGGCGCUCGUGAGACUGCUGAGGAAAGCGAGAGACCAGGACCUCACAGACUGCAUCACAGGCACCCUGUGGAACCUCUCCUCUCAUGACUCUGUGAAGAUGGAGAUCGUGGAUCACGCGCUGCACGCUCUCUCAGAUGAGGUCAUGGUGCCGCGGUCGGGGUGGGAGAGAGAGCAGAACGAGGACUCCAAACCCAGACACAUCGAGUGGGAGACGGCCCUCACCAACACUGCAGGCUGCCUCAGGAACGUGAGCUCGGAGCGCAGUGAGGCUCGCAGGAAGCUGAGGGAGUGCAGCGGGCUGGUGGACGCGCUCAUGUACAUCGUGCAGUCACAGAUCAACCGCCAGGACGUGGACAACAAGCUGGUUGAGAACAGCGUGUGUCUGCUCCGAAACCUGUCCUAUCAGGUCCACAGGGAGGUCCCGGGAUGCGAGCGCUACCAGGAGAACGCCCUCCUCAGCCAGUCCCCAAACUCCAACGGGACCCAGCGAGCCAGCUGCUUCGGGAGCAAGAAGGGCAAAGAUGAGUGGUUUUCUAAAGGAAAGAACAACACUGAAGAUUACAGCACAGAAGUUAUUGAUAUUCCAAAACGCUCCGUACCAGCGAAAGGCUAUGAGCUGCUGUUCCAGCCGGAGGUGGUGCGUUUGUACACGUCUCUGCUGAAAGAGUCUAAAAUCCCUGCGGUGCUGGAAGCAGCUGCUGGAGCGCUGCAGAACCUGUGUGCGGGGAGAUGGACGUACGGGAGGUAUAUCCGCGCGAUGGUGCGUCAGGAGAAAGGGCUGUCGAGCAUCGCGGAGCUGCUGGAGCACCCCCAGGACAGGGUGGUGAGGGGCAUGUCGGGGGCGCUGAGGAACCUGGCCAUCGAUGGGAGGAACCGGGAGCUCAUCGGGAAGCAUGCGAUGCCCAGUUUAGUGUUGAACUUACCGGGAGGGCAGCAGCAGCCAGCCAAGAACCUGAGUGAGGAAACUACAGUGUCUGUGCUGAGCACCAUGAACGAGGUCCUGCAGAACAACCUGGAGGCAGCCAAGAAACUCAGAGAGGCACAGGGGAUCGAGAAACUGGUGCUGAUCAACAAGGACGGCAAUCGCACAGACAGGGAGGUUCGGGGCGCAGGCCUCGUGCUGCAGACGGUUUGGGGGUACAAGGAGCUGCGGAAGCCCCUGGAGAAGGAGGGCUGGAAGAAAACGGACUUCAUGGUGAAUCUGAACCCCGUCCCCCGAAACCAGGGGUACGAGGACAGCACGCUGCCCCUCAUGGACAAGAGAGCCGGUGAGAAGGGAGACCGAGACAGAGACAUGAUCCCCAUGAACGACUUGGGCCCAGAGGCGUAUUCCACUCUGGACCAGCGAGACCGAAACCGGACUCUGGACCGGUCCAUUGACAUGUCGGAACAAGACCACAUGCAGAGGGGUUUGCUUGAAGGCAGUAAUGGUUCUCUGACUCACCUGGUUGACUCCUACGAUGAAAAACUAAUAAUCUUCAUCUCCCAGAGAGAUUUGUCAAUCCAAUCCCACUGCCGCUAGAAACUGGCAUGAGAGAGAGCGUGAUCGAUCCAGCGUAAAAUAACCAAGAAAUUAAUAAUACAGAAAAAUACAAGAAACAGAGGCAGGACUGGAGAUUCAAAGGAGGGGGAGCCAUUCUGUCUGUUUCAUUCAAGAAGAAAAAUCUCUCUCUCCUAAGAUCCCCACCCCCCCCAAAAAAUAUAUCGUCCGAUUGCAGCCGACCACCCAGGGUCAUGAAACCAGUGAGGUAAUUUGAGCAGCUGCAGUACCGACUGCAGCCACCAGAGGGAGGCAAUAUCCGAUGCAGAAUUGUACUUUAUAUAAUUAUUAUAAUGGGUUUAAAGAAAUUGAUUUUAAAAUGUGUGUUUUUUUUAUUUCUUUUCAUUAUCAAGUAAAAACAUAAAGGUUCUUGUGUUUGAAAGCGUUUUUUUUUUUUUUAAAUGUUUUAUUAGUGACUUGACUAAUGUUUUUGCCCACAGUGCCCCCUACUGCUCAAUGUGUGGUAAUGCAUGUAAUCUCUCCUCUGUGUGGCAAAGCAGCGUCUCUCCUGUAGGGGGCAGCAAAACCUACACGUUUUAAGUUUAGCAGGAGAGGUUUGGCCAUUUUUUGCCAUUUUCUAAAAUUUAAAUAACAUUUAAGGAAGUAUUUUUCUAAAAGUAAAACCGCAGGAGAAAUUAAUGUGUGUGUGUGUGAGGAGGAUGGGGGUUAUUAAACUUUCAACACUAAGUUCAGUUUGAUGUGCCGCCAGAUCAGAAACUCUUGGUUUUUGAGAAUCACUUUCACCUGCCGAGCGUUAGGAUUUGUUUUGAGAGACUUGAAGCACUUUGCAUCGACCUGCAAAAGAGGGAAUUAAAAAAUAAAACUAGUUAAAAAAAUAAAUAA